AUGGCUGGUAGAGGUAGACCUGCUGGUGCUACAAAUGAACUCCUGGAGCGCAUGACCCAAGUCUUAGAGACUUUGGCACAUAACCAGGAGGCUGAACCAGCCGAGUAUAGAGGACUUUCUUCUUUUACUAGGCAUAACCCUCCAAAAUUUGAGAGAAAGUUUGAUCCUGAGGGAGCUCAGAGAUGGAUAGCAGAUGUGGAGAAGAUUUUCCAUGCCAUGGGAUGUAGAGAGGAGCAUAAGGUAACUUAUGCUACUUAUAUUCUGAGUGGAGAAGCUGAGGACUGGUCGAGAUUUGCUAGUCAAACUCUACUGCAAGAAGAUGGUUAUAUUCCUUGGGAGACAUUUAAGGCAACUUUCUUGGGAAAUUAUUUCCCUAGAGAUUUAAAGAAACAGAAGGCUAGGGAGUUCCUUGAGUUGAAACAAGGAAACAUGUCUGUAGGUGAAUAUGCUGCUAAAUUUCAUGAAUUGAUGAAAUACUGGCCUCACUAUCAACAUAAUGAUGGAGAGGAAGAUCUAUGUGCUCAAUUUGAACAUGGGCUUAGGCCAGAUAUUCGAGCUGCUGUUAGUGUAUUCCAGCUAACAGAUUUACCCACUCUAGUGAGUAAAUGCAGAAUAUUUGAAGCCAAUACUAAGGGUAAGACAGUGGAUACCAGAAUCGGUGGUCCUGUGAGGCAAGACCGAAGGCCUCCAAGAUUUUCUAGAGGACCUUACUCUAGUCCAAAUCAGUCUCAAGUGAAGGGGAUUGUAUCUCAAGAAGAUAGUAGUGGUGGUUCAGGUUCUUUCAGAAGGCCACUAAAAUGUUUCAAGUGUGGUGGACCUCAUAUUAAAAAGAAUUGUCCUCAACUUCCACCAACAUGUGACAUUUGUGGGAAAAUGGGACACUCUGCUAGUGUCUGUUGGUCUGCUCCACAGAAGAGCGGAAGCGUGAGUGUGGAACAAAGACCUAAAUCUAGAGCAAGCACUGGAAUAAAGCCAAAUGUGAAAGGCAAAGUUUUUGCUAUGAGUGGAGCUGAGGCUUCAAAAUCAGAGGAGCUUAUUAGAGGUAAAUGUAUCAUAAAAGACCGACUUGUAGAUGUGUUGUUUGAUUCUGGUGCUACUCAUUCCUUUAUUUCUGUGGAUUGUAUGAGAUGUCUAGAAUUACCUAUAUCUGAAUUGUUUUGUGAUGUUAUUGUAUCUACUCCUACGGGUAAACCCGUAGCAACUUCUUCUGUGUGUUUAGGUUGUCCUGUGAUGAGAAAGUCUUGA